AAUUGAAUGCUUCUGACGUCUUCCUUCUGUCUUCAUCUUGUCUGGAUGUAGUUCAGCGAUUCCCUACAUAGCAGCGCUGGUUCUCCUGGCCAAUUGCGUAAGCGGGGCCAUGAAAGUAGCUGCUUAUUUAAUCCGCAUAUACGUAUUCUUGUGAAGCGAGCAGUAACAAAUAUGGCGGAGAUUGAUUUGAACGUCGACAGUCUUAUCCAAAGACUUCUUGAAGUUCGAGGAUGUCGGCCAGGCAAAACUGUGCAGAUGUCGGAAGCAGAGGUUCGAGGGCUUUGCCUGAAAUCUCGGGAAAUUUUCUUGCAACAACCCAUUCUCUUGGAGUUGGAAGCCCCUCUUAAAAUAUGUGGAGACAUUCACGGUCAAUAUACAGACCUUCUGCGCCUUUUUGAGUACGGAGGAUUUCCACCUGAAGCAAAUUACCUAUUUCUGGGGGAUUAUGUUGACAGAGGCAAGCAGUCUCUUGAAACAAUUUGUCUUCUCCUUGCCUACAAGAUAAAGUACCCAGAAAAUUUUUUCCUCUUGCGGGGAAAUCAUGAAUGUGCCAGCAUCAACAGGAUAUAUGGUUUUUAUGAUGAAUGCAAACGACGUUACAACAUCAAACUGUGGAAAACUUUCACUGACUGUUUCAACUGCUUACCCAUUGCUGCCAUUAUUGAUGAGAAGAUAUUUUGUUGUCAUGGUGGUCUGAGCCCUGAUCUGCAAGGCAUGGAGCAAAUUCGACGCAUCAUGCGCCCAACAGAUGUCCCUGAUACUGGACUACUCUGCGAUCUACUGUGGUCCGAUCCAGACAAGGAUGUGCAAGGCUGGGGAGAGAAUGAUCGUGGUGUGUCUUUUACUUUCGGGGCUGAUGUGGUCAGCAAAUUCCUCAACAGGCACGAUCUGGACCUCAUCUGCCGGGCCCAUCAAGUUGUGGAAGAUGGAUAUGAAUUUUUUGCAAAACGUCAGCUUGUCACAUUGUUUUCGGCACCCAACUACUGUGGAGAAUUUGAUAAUGCUGGAGGAAUGAUGUCAGUGGAUGAAACUCUUAUGUGUUCAUUCCAGAUUUUGAAACCAUCAGAAAAGAAGGCUAAGUACCAGUAUGCGGGAAUGAACUCUGGCCGACCAUCAACUGCACAGAGAAAUCCCAUCAAGAAGAAGUAAUUUUCGGUGUUGGAGGGAGCAAAACAGAAGACCAGGACCCUGACCUACAGACUCCUGUUUUCUAAUCACAAUCUUUGAAUCUGUGAUGCUGAUGUAUUUUGCUAUGAAGAGUGAUCACAAUUCUCACACAUAAACACAAAUACACCCACACACAUUUAUACAUACACACAAGAGUACACAGAAAUAUACACGUAUCUUUUGAUUAGGCUUUUCCUGUGUUUCCACUUGUCCCUUCUUUUUAUUUACUUUUUUUUUAUUUUCAAAUUUUUUCUAGUCCCAAUUUCUAUUGUCCUUCCAUUCCUCUUUUACUUCCUACCGACAUACAGUGGGAAGUGGAGUUGGACCACCUACAAAUUCGUUUUUCCAACCCCCACCUUUGAGUUGCAUUUAAAAUUUUGUUAUUCAGUAAUAUGUCUGUGGUUGUGCAUUUGUUUUAAAUCACGACAAUUCCCAGUUGUUUUUAUUUUGCUUGGUGGCUAGUUGGUUAGCUGAUGCUUUCUAUAUUGCUGUUUUUCAGUGUUUUAAGGUGGUGUUUUCAUUGACAAAUACGUUACUUGUUGCCAUUUGUAUAGCUACAUAUCUGCACUUUUUCUUUCAGCUGCAAUGUAAAAAUUAUUUUACUUUGUAUUGUAUAGUGAGAUAGACCAACCUCCUAGGUUAAUGUCUGUAUUGAUGUACAUUCGGAUUGAACUGUAAUGUAAACAAAUCCCUCUAUGAUAGAUUACCUUUGUGUGCCUGGGAAAAUUGUUACCAUACUUAUGAAAAGAUAUUUUAUCAAGAUUUAACAGACUACUUUGUGUAUGCACUUAGCAUAAUAAUGUUUUGAUUCAAGCUUGUCAGUCUUGUCGCAUGGAGCCAGAAGUGUCCUUGUAGAAUGUGAAUUGGAUUCAAUUGAAGCCAGGUUUGGUGACCAUAGUCAUUUUUUAGUGAUAAAGUAUAUUUGUGUUUUUUGUAUUCCUUUGUUUUUAUUGGUAUUAUGGGGAAAUUUUUUAAAGUAGUAUGCAAAAGUGGCGUGACUGAAACUGAAAUUCAAAUGAUCUGGUGGUUUGACUACUCGAGACACUGUACUUCCUAAUGUUCGGUGGUUUAAUAGAGUUGACUGAAUCAAUCACCAAUGCCUUUGGUAUUAGUGUCUGAGAUAUUGUUUUCUUAGUUUCUUGUGUGGAUUGUUUUUUGGUUUUGUUUAGUUUCCUCUUGCUGAACAUUUUCUACUAGAGAUUUAGAAAUAAAAGUAAUAGAGAAGUAUUUUAUCUAUAAUAUAUAAUGGAUAAUAAUGUAUCAAAUAAUUAAGCUGACAUAAAUUAUACAGAGAUGUGAGCAAUAUUUUUCUUAAAAAUACUGCAGAAAAAUAAGAAGUCAUUUUACCAUAUUUUUAUUAUCUUUCUCUUAGUUUAAAUUAAUUUCAUUCUGUGUUCUUGAAAGAUUCAUAUACAUCAAAUACUGAAUUGAAAUUUUAUAUUAGAGUUGGGAACAAUAUUCAACGGUUCUGAACUUGAGAAUGCUUUUCACAUGAUAAUUUCAUAACUUUGGUAACAAUUUUACUGUGCCUAUCUUGUUGAGAGGGCAAGCUGUGUUCAAAAACUGGCAUUUAUUAAAGAUUUUCUUCCGUUUUAUAAUCAAACUUCCACAAGGUGCAACUUGUAUAAAGUUACUAUUGAAGGAAUUGUCUUGUAAAAAGGAGUAGGUUUAAUAAGACGAUUAGAAAAAUCAUCUUAAAAGGGAAGUAUCUUUUUAACAGAUUUGUCUUGUACAGGAUCUGCAAAUAUCCAUUUAUGCAGCUUUUGGUUUUAUGUAUUUGCCUUCUGAAGUUAUUUCAUUAGAAAAAGUAUUAAUGCUAUAGGAGUGUAUUCUGGCUGAAAGGAAAAAUAUAUCCUUUGUGAUAUUGUAAAUAAUUCAGAACUAUGGGCAUGAAGUAACGUUUUCUUCUUUUCUUAUUUUUAUUCUUUUUUAUUCUGAUAGCCUUUCUCAUACACAAAUGAAUUUUCCAUAUCAAGUAGAAAAAUGCCAAAGAGGAGGAUUGAUUAAUUUAUUUUUUGUCGAUAGAGUGCUUAAAACAAAAAUUUCACAGGAUGUCUGUUAAGACAUGGUAAUUUGUUGGUGCUCUUGAGUUUGGUGCACACUAACAAAUUUAUAUUGUUUCAAUGGACCGAGAAAUUACUUUUCUUUUCAAGUAAGCCUUUUUGUUGUUGUUUUUUUUUUUUUUAGAUAUUAUUUGCUAACCAUGCAUUUAUUUACAUUUAUCCAU